CUGCGCAUCCGUUAUCGCCUCUAUAAGAUCUGAUAUGCCUGCAGCACUAUCUAUUGAUAAUAUUCAGUCUGUCAUUCGACAUGGGUCUAGGUCAGCACUCAACAUGCUCCACAUACACACAGUCGAGACACGUAUGCAAUCCGAAUUAUUGAUUUGUGGGAGAUACACAUAUGCAUCAAAUAUGUGGGUUAGUCAUGACGACCGGCCACGACCACAACAAUCCGAUAAUUGCGACCUUAAGCAAUAUGAACAACAAAUAUUCGUUGAACUGGCUUAUGACACUUUAUUAGAUACUGUUGCGUUGUCGCGGAAGGAUAUACGAGUGGCCCAUUUGGCCCCAAUUAACAAAAUGAAGCAUCAGCAAGUUGUUGUGGACUACUGGACCAUGCUGAAGACAUCGGCAUUGUGUCUGAUAUUGGCUGUAACGGGUUUUAUAUUCCUCAGAAUGGUUCAAACGAUCUUUUGGCUGCCCAAACGUUUCAAUCAGAACCAGGAACGAUUGGAAGCCUUGGCCAAGCAAUAUAGCGAACAAAUGGAUCCGGAGGAGCGAGCUGAAAUCGAAAAGAUGUUCAACAGCGACGAACCCCCAACAGAAGAGCAAAUUAAGAAGUUGCUGGAAGGCUCCAAAUCAGAGAGCGACGAGCCCAAAAAAGAACAGUAGACCCUAAGUAUGCAAUACACAUAAGAUUUUAAAGCUAAUAAAUACAUAUCUCGAAAAGAAGAGCAG